AUGGCUGAGUCUGUGUCGAGCGGUGUGACCAGCUUUGAGGUGGACGACACCUUUCAUCUUAUCGACACGGAAACGGGCAACACGUGGAUGCACCAACGCGAUGGGGAACUCAGCGGAGUCUCGGAAGUCCCGCCGAGUAGAGUGCGGCCGGCGUUAAGUGUGAGUGAUGGGAAAAAGGCAGAGACGGCAUCCCCGCAUUCGGCUGCGGGAACCCCAGUGAGUGCGGGAACACGGUCAUCAUGGAGUUUGGCAGGGAAUUCACCUGCGCAGCCAAUUCUUCACGCAGAAGAAGAAGAAAAAGAAAAGGAAGAAGAAGAACAACAACAACAACAACAACUAAAUCAAUUCUCGUCUUCAACACGGUCUAAUAUGAAUGAGGUACCGUUUUCAUUGAUAUCUAAUGGUAAACGGGAGGCAGAUUCCUUAUCACCAUCACAUGUUCAGGAAGUGUGUCCACUUUCUAUGAAAGAGUCUGCAAGCACAUUCUACAGGUUAACCGCAUCUGCACCAGAGGAUGAUAUCACUCUUGUAUCGACAGAGCAACCAGUUCAGACAGAUCACAGUAUUAAACAACAGGAAAGCGACACUGAACAAAAUGUGACAUCACCGGAAGGCACUUCAGUGAAGUCAAGAAUGGAAUCCCCUGUUGUUGGAGUUCAAGAUGAUGAGAAAAACUCAAAGAUACAUCCGUCAUUUACAAAUAGGAUGCUUGCGGAGAAUGCAAUCCUUCGCUCGCAGCUGGAAGAAGCAGAUCAUAAUAGUGCACGGUAUAUACUCCUUCAGGAGAAGACUGCUGAGGAAUUAAGUAAUACACAUAAAGCGUUGGUAUUUUUCUACAAAGAGGCAGAGAAUACCAAUUGCUCUAAUGAAAAAUUGUGUUAUCAGAACCAACCGGAUCAAGGGAUUUGGCCGGGAUCCUUCUUAAAUAUGCUUUUCCCUGGACAAUUCGUGGAGCGUUUUCUGCCGAGAUGUUCUUCUCAGCCUUCUGAACAGCAUUUCAGCGGUAUGGAUCCGUCAGUUGAAGAGAACCACACAUCUGCGGAGUGGAUACGUAAUUUUCAUUUUGCCAAAUGGUACGCCCGCCAUGGCCGUGGAAGAGAGGCGAUGGAGAAUUUAUUGCUUGCCAUUACAUCUGAAGACUUUGUUGCCUGGCACACACUUCUUGUGAUGGAUGAGGAAUGGAACCGUUUAACGGGGGAGGAGCGGCAACAGUGGGAUUCACUUGUGGCGGCUAAAGUGACGGAAGUACUGCGAAGGGGCGGAAAUGGAUAUGUACAACAACAACAACAACAACAACAAGAAAAAAAACAGAGUGAAGGGAAAGAGUAUUCGUCUACACCUCAAUUGGCAUCGCUUCAGCCAAUCGUACUUGUGCCGUUUAUUAGACGAAUGAGUUUACGUUACGCAGAGGAAAAGAAACGAUAUAAAGAAUUGGUACAAAAUAUAAGAGUGACAAGGAUUUCACCUCUUGAAGAGUGGGAGGAGCCCCCGGCAUCUCAUAAAUUCUUUGCUACAGUAAUAGAAGAUCUUCUUCUUGCUUCCCUUGGCACCUUUCCUGAGAAUGUGGAGUUGUUGUACUUGAUGGCUUCUUUCCGUGGUCUCCAAAAACGUACAGAGGAAUCGACAGAACUACUGAAACAUGUACUUUCCAUAGACCCGUCGUAUUUGCUGAAACCAUUUUCUGUGUAG